AGUGGAAUUAAACCGUACAGCUGUGACUUGUGUGGAAAGUCUUUUAACCAGGCUGGAAGCUUAAAAACACACCAAGUCUUCCACAGUGGAGUUAAACCUUACAGCUGUGAGUUGUGUGGAAAGUCUUUUACCGAGGCUGGACACUUAAAAAGACACCAACUCAUCCACAGCGGAGUUAAAGCAUACAGCUGUGACUUGUGUGGAAAGUCUUUUACCGAGGCUGGAAGCUUAAAAAAACACCAACUCAUCCACAGUGGAAUUAAAGCAUACAGCUGUGACUUGUGUGGAAAGUCUUUUACUGAGGCUGGAAACUUAAAAAAACACCAACUCAUCCACAGUGGAGUUAAACCUUACAGCUGUGACUUGUGUGGAAAGUCUUUUACUGAGGCUGGAGACUUAAAAAAACACCAACUCAUCCACAGUGGAGUUAAACCUUACAGCUGUGACUUGUGUGGAAAGUCUUUUACCCAGGCUGGAGACUUAAAAAAACACCAACUCAUCCACAGUGGAGUUAAACCUUACAGCUGUGACUUGUGUGGAAAGUCUUUUACUGAGGCUGGAAACUUAAAAAAACACCAACUCAUCCACAGUGGAGUUAAACCUUACAGCUGUGACUUGUGUGGAAAGUCUUUUACUGAGGCUGGAAACUUAAAAAAACACCAACUCAUCCACAGUGGAGUUAAACCUUACAGCUGUGACUUGUGUGGAAAGUCUUUUACCAAGUCUGGAAACUUAAAAACACACCAACUCAUC